GUGUAGUUAGACCUUCAUCGUAUACUGAUCCUAUGGGUUUCUCGGCCGCCGUCUCCAACUCGCCACGCAUUCUCCCGUCCAGCGCAUUUGCUUCUGAGACGACGGCUAAAAGGAAGAUCUGCUCGCUGCCUUCGCUCUGCCGCUCUCUUUCUCUCCUUCAUGGCCAACCUCGCUUCAGACUGAGUUCCGCUUCGCAGCUAGGGAAAAGGAUUUCACCAACUAUCCAUGUUGCGGCUUCAGUUACAGAUAUUUCAGUCUCGAAAUCAAUGGAUGAAGUUCAUCUUCCGAAAGGUGACAUGUGGUCUGUUCAUAAGUUUGGUGGCACCUGUGUGGGGACUUCCCAAAGGAUCAAGAAUGUUGCUGAUAUAAUCAUUAAUGAGGAUUCAGAAAGGAAGUUGGUGGUUGUGUCAGCAAUGUCAAAGGUGACAGAUAUGAUGUAUGACCUGAUCUUCAAGGCACAGUCACGAGACGAUUCCUAUGUAUCUGCACUGGAUGCUGUUCUAGAAAAGCACAGCUUAACAGCACACGAUCUUCUUGAUGGAGAUGAGCUUGCUAGUUUUUUAUCUUGCUUACGUAAUGAUGUUAAUAACCUCAAGGCAAUGCUACAUGCAAUAUACAUAGCUGGUCAUGCAACAGAAUCUUUUACGGAUUUUGUUGUUGGACAUGGGGAGUUGUGGUCUGCACAGAUGUUGUCAUCUGUUAUUAGAAAGAACGGGAUUGACUGCAACUGGAUGGAUACAAGGGAAGUGCUCAUUGUCAAUCCUACUGGCUCUAAUCAAGUUGAUCCCGAUUUCUUGGAAUCUGAAAGAAGACUGGAAAAGUGGUUUUCACAAAAUCCAUCAAAGACUAUAAUAGCUACUGGUUUCAUUGCCAGCACACCUCAAAAUAUUCCUACAACAUUGAAGAGGGAUGGAAGUGAUUUUUCUGCAGCCAUAAUGGGUUCAUUAUUCAAGGCUCGUCAGGUCACAAUUUGGACAGAUGUUAAUGGUGUAUAUAGUGCAGACCCCAGAAAAGUUAGUGAAGCUGUGAUACUAAGGACAUUGUCUUAUCAAGAGGCCUGGGAAAUGUCAUAUUUUGGAGCAAAUGUUUUACAUCCACGUACCAUUAUUCCAGUAAUGCAACAUAAGAUUCCAAUUGCAAUAAGGAAUAUCUUCAACCUCUCUGAUCCUGGGACAACAAUCUGCCAUCCUCUUGUGACUGAAGAUGAAGAUGAUCAGACACUAGACUCUCCUGUUAAAGGAUUUGCAACAAUAGACAAUUUGGCUCUUGUAAAUGUCGAGGGAACUGGAAUGGCUGGUGUUCCUGGCACAGCUAGUGCCAUUUUUGGUGCUGUGAAAGAUGUGGGAGCUAAUGUCAUUAUGAUAUCCCAGGCUAGUAGUGAACAUUCUGUGUGCUUUGCUGUGCCUGAGAAGGAAGUAAAUGCAGUUGCUGAAGCUUUACAAUCUAGAUUUCAGCAGGCUUUGGAUGCUGGGAGACUUUCUCAGGUUGCGGUCAUUCCUAACUGCAGUAUUUUGGCAGCAGUUGGCCAGAAAAUGGCUAGUACUCCUGGAGUAAGUGCGACCCUUUUCAAUGCUUUGGCAAAGGCUAAUAUUAACAUUCGAGCUAUAGCUCAAGGUUGCUCUGAGUAUAAUAUUACAGUUGUUGUCAAGCGUGAAGAUUGCAUAAAGGCUUUGAGAGCUGUCCAUUCGAGGUUUUAUCUUUCAAGAACCACCAUAGCUAUGGGGAUAAUUGGUCCUGGAUUAAUUGGUGGCACUUUACUUGAUCAGCUCAGAGAUCAGGCAGCAGUCCUCAAGGACGAAUUUAACAUUGAUUUGCGUGUUAUGGGGAUCACUGGCUCGAGGAUAAUGCUCUUAAGUGAAGUGGGAAUUGAUUUAUCACAAUGGAGAGAACUUCUAAAGGAGAAAGGAGAAGUAGCCAAUCUGGAAAAGUUCACCCAACAUGUGCAUGGAAAUCAUUUUAUUCCGAACACUGUUUUGGUGGAUUGUACAGCAGAUUCUCAUGUCGCAAGUUAUUACCAUGAUUGGUUGCGAAAAGGAAUUCAUGUUAUCACUCCAAACAAAAAAGCAAAUUCUGGUCCCCUUGAUCAGUACCUAAAGCUAAGAGCUCUUCAGCGAAAGUCUUAUACGCAUUACUUCUAUGAAGCAACUGUUGGAGCUGGUCUUCCAAUAGUGAGCACUUUACGAGGACUUCUAGAAACUGGGGAUAAAAUAUUGCGCAUUGAGGGAAUUUUCAGUGGUACUUUGAGUUACAUUUUCAACAGCUUCAUUGGGAGUAGAUCUUUCAGUGAGGUGGUAGCAGAGGCAAAGGAGGCAGGUUAUACUGAACCUGACCCUAGAGAUGAUCUCUCUGGAAUGGAUGUUGCCAGAAAGGUCAUUAUUCUUGCUAGAGAAUCUGGUUUGAAAUUGGAACUUUCAGAUAUCCCUGUUCAAAGUCUGGUUCCAGAACCACUAAAAGCUAGUGCAUCUGCUGAAGAAUUUAUGAGGCAGUUACCACUAUUUGACCAUGAUUGGACUAAGGAGAGAAAGGAAGCAGAGGAAGCAGGGGAAGUCUUGAGAUACGUUGGUGUGGUGGAUGCUGUCAACCAGAAGGGGAAUGUGCAGUUGCGAAGAUACAAGAAAGAGCACCCCUUUGCACAGCUCUCAGGUUCUGAUAAUAUCAUAGCAUUCACAACUAAAAGGUACGAGAAGCAACCUCUGAUAGUCCGUGGACCUGGUGCUGGCGCUCAGGUAACUGCUGGUGGAAUAUUCAGUGAUAUAUUGCGCCUGGCUUCAUACCUUGGAGCCCCAUCUUAAAGAUUCUGAACUUCUCCAGCUAUGCUCCAAUCGCUUCUUCUUUUGACCUUCUGAGCCUCAGUCCUCUAAGUUUUUGUUAGCUGCGUGGUAGAGGUAGCCCUUGAUAUGUGGUUAUGUAUCGUAGUUUCUUUCGGGACUGAAUGGUGACAAUUAGUUUUACUGCUUUGUUUUUCAUCAAUCUAGGCUUUCUCUUUCAAGAGUAAUAGUGUUUACUAAAGUCUAGCGAAACCAUCCAGUAAGAGAGAGGAUAUGGAUUAAGUGGCUAUUUGACAUAUGGCACUUCCUCGUCCUCUUCAUCUUAUGUCCUUUUGCAAUAGUUGACUAGUGUGAAUACUGUGGCUAGUUACUUAGAAUUUGUGAAGAUUUUCAUCUAAUAAUAGUUGCAUAUAUUUUGCCAUGGUUUAUUGUAG